UCGGCGGCCAUGGAGCGCUACGUGCUGCUCCUCGGCUGGGGGGCGUGCGGCGGGCGGCGCCGAGCACGGAGCCGGCGCUGGAGCAGCUGUGACUGUUGCAAAUGUUUAUAAGCUCCUGAAAGAAAAGUGUAAUUCAUCUAUAAAAACAAAUACAAUGACAUUUCCAGCAUGCUCAGUGGCUGGUAUUCCAGGCAUAAAGAAAUGGUACUUUGCGAGUCAUGUUAUAUGUGGUUAUUAUCAAUUCUGCAGUUCUGACUGGGAGGAAGUAAAUUCUGACACGCAGAAAAAUGAAGACUGUCUCCAAACAACUAUUGAGAAGUGUCUGGGAAACAUACAGAACUUUGAAGAAGAUGACAAUAACAGUAGGGAGUCACUGUCUAUGGCUGAUGUUUAUGAUGAAGCUGCGGAAAGUCUGCAUCAGUUGGCUGACAGACUGCCUGCCCCAGGAAGAGCAAUGGUGGAUAUAAUACUACAGGCUGUCGAAGGAGAUGCACCCAAGUUAAAAGACUCCUUACCUGUGAUUGGUGCCCUGAAACACCUGAGGGAAUGGCACUCUGCACAAAUCACCAUUGCAGCAAGUGACUCUAAAGGCUGGCAAAAGAUUGCAGACUACCUAUCGGCAGACUUUGUCUCUUCAGAUGAUGUCAUGAAUGUUAUCGAUUUAAAAGAACUCUGGAGGGGAAAGAUUCAGAUAUGGGAAAGAAAGUUUGCUUCAGAAGUUAGCUUUCCAGAAUUUUGUAUGAAGAGCACUUCAGCAAAACCUCUCAGCACUUCACAUGUAAAUUCUUGCUUUGCUGAUCAACGAUGUAUGAAUUCUGAUGCUUUGCCAGAGGUUUUUCAUUACUAUGGUCCUGCAUUAGAGUUUUUACAGAUGGUUGACCUCUCUGAACUCCCCUCCUUUUUUAUAUCAGAUCUGGAAUUUGAGCUGAGCCUGGCAAGAAAGGGUAGAAAACGGAUGUCUGCACUGCUUUUAGAUCAGAUUUCUUCUCUCUCUGGGAAGGUGGGAGCUUUAGUUUCAUUAGCAUGCAAUGUAAGCAGUGUAGUGAUCCCAUCCCCUGCCCAGCUGAGUACGAAGAAAUGGAAGGAAUAUAUGGCUAGGAAACCUAAGGUCAUUACUGUUCCAGAAAUUGAUCUGAAAGGAGAAUCUUGCCAAUACUAUUUCUUGCUACAAGGCAACGGUUCAGGAGGAUGUAAAGCAACCUUGAUUCAUUCUGCUACUCAAAUCAAUGGUAUGGCCACUCUUGCUGCUGUAAAUAGAAUGCUGAAGACAAAUGUAGGAGAAACAGAGUCAAGCUUUCCUACUGAUGACUUCAUUGAGUCUCUGCCACGGUUUUGUGGAAAGCAAAUUGUACAGAGAGAAAAGAAACUGUCACAUCUCCAGGCAUCUGCCUUGAAGGAGUAUCUCAAGAGAAAGAAAUUGACUGAGCAGCCUCCAGUUAUUUCUACUGAUGAGCUCAAAAGCUUGUUAGAGCUUACAAGAGAAUGCUUUUUGGACCUGUGGAACACUAAUGUUCCUGAACCUGUUCUGCAGAAGACUGCCAAUAAAACUAGUUCAUGUUCAGUGGCUUCUGAAUCUGAUUUAAUGGAGCCAAAUCCAUUGGAAUGGCCAGAAAGACAUGUUCUUCAGAAUUUGGAAAACUUUGAAAAAAUCAAACAAAAAAUGAGAGCUUCUAUGCUUGCACAUUCAUCUGAGCAACUGCUUGGACAUAAAGAUAGCCAGCGAGAGUCGCUGACAUCUCUCGAUGCAAAGGAGUUGCUGAAAUACUUCACACCAGAAGGGCUGCCAGUUGGUGAUCUUCAGCCACUGCAUAUUCCCAAACGUGAAAAUGCAUUCUUUUUGACACCCAAGCUUACUCCUCAGAAGCUGAGAGGUCUGCCUUUUGAAAAAGCAGCUGGAUGCCAUUAUCAUGGAAUCGAAUACUGUCUAGAUAACAGGAAAGCUUUAGAGAGAGACUUGGGAUAUGCUGAACUUCAAGCUCGUCUUAUUCGCUAUGAAACUCAGACCACCUGCACCAAGGAAUGCUGCCCUCUGCCCGUUGUCUUGAGCCCUCUGCCGGCUGUCCUGAGCCCCCUGCCAUCUCCUGCAGUCUCGUCAGAGCCUGGAAGUGUCCCCGAUGGAGAGUCUUUACAAAGUGAAUUCAGAACAGAGGUACUGAGGCUAAAACGCAGAUCAAAAGACUUGGAUUGCUUUCAUCCCAAGAAAAGGUUUGAGUGCGUUUCUUUUGUUUCCAAGAUGCUGAAGGAGGUGGUAGCCAAGACUCUACAAAAACAUGGAAUUGCUGAGGAUCACAAGUGUUUUCCAUCAUGCAGCCAACGUCUAUUUGAGAUAUCAAAGUUUUACUUAAAGGAUCUUAAAACUUCUAGAGGACUUCUUGAUGAAAUGAAAAAAACAGCAAGUAACAAUGCUAAGCAGGUGAUUGAAUGGGUUCUGGAAAAAACUGGCAAGUAGACACUGCAGAGACACAGCACUUCUGACUGCAGGAAAAACAUUAUACUGAGUAACAGGUGCAAACUCCUACUCACACACCAGAAGAACUUGGUUAGUAUAAUGAUACAGUCAUAGUUCUCAAACACAGUAGCAUCUUUUGAAACAUUUUAUACUGAAAGAUUUAAUUUCUUAAAUGAGAAAGGUUUUAUAUGUUAUUUAUUAUGUUUUAUUGUUAAGAGGAAUACAGCUUGGCUUGUUUUUUAUAAAGCUUUGUAUGUUUUUCAAUGAGUGUACUUUUACUGUAAAUUAAAACAAAAAAUGCUGGAUCUAAUUUUAAUAAUGGGACCACUUUGUUCUACCUUUUGCUCAAAGACCUCUGUUCUAUUUAUUACUACUUGCUGUUGUAUAUAUUGAAUAAAACUGUUUACAGUGUG